CAUCAUUCAUCAAACCAUCAACUCUCUCUCUCUCUCUCUGUCUAGAAGCAGAGCCAAGGGCAAUUUUCUCGUGGGUUUCUGUUUUUUUCCCGAGAAAAUUCCGAUUAAAGAAUAUGAUGGUCGAGAAAGACGACCUCGGUCUGAGUUUGAGCUUGGGUUUUCCCCAGAACCAGACGAAUCCAAAGCUGAAUCCAUCCCCCUCUGUUUCUUCUCCAUCUUCUCCGUUCGGGUUUCUCGGAAAAUCUUCGUGGAACGGCAGUUUUAAUUCCUCAGCGCCAAACUCCGAGCCGUUUCGUGUACGGACAAGAACAUUCAUCCGCAGCAUCGACGUGAACCGAGCGCCGUCGACAUCGGAGGCGGCGGAGUGCGACGACGAAGCCGGCGUCUCCUCCCCAAACAGCACCGUCUCAAGCGCAAGCGGUAAGAGAAGCGAACGGGAAACGAACGGAUCUGAGGAUCACGACACAGAUCCGCCAUGUUCGCGCGGUAUCAGCGACGAAGAAGACGGCGACACGUCCAGGAAGAAGCUGAGGCUGUCCAAAGGUCAAUCAGCUGUCCUUGAGGAGACCUUCAAGGAUCACAACACCCUGAAUCCUAGACAGAAGCUGGCUUUGGCGAAGCAGCUGGGAUUGAGGCCAAGACAAGUGGAGGUCUGGUUUCAGAACAGGAGAGCGAGGACGAAGCUGAAGCAGACAGAGGUGGACUGCGAGUUCUUGAGGAGGUGCUGCGAGAAUCUGACGGAGGAGAACAGGAGGCUCCAGAAGGAAGCGGCCGAGCUGAGGGCUCUGAAGACGUCGCCGCACUUGUGCAUGCACAUGCCCCCUCCCACCACUCUCACCCUCUGCCCCUCCUGCCACCGCCUCUCCUCCGCCGUGAAUUCUCCCUGGUGCCCCGGAGCUCCGAUCUCUCACCGCCUCCGGUGAAGGGUAUUCCGGUAAUCUCGUGUGGGGAAAGAUGUGUGCAUUAUAAGAUUCCCUAAGACCCUUUUGACCUCUCCCUUGAAGGUAGCAGUUGUAAUUUUUCUUAAUUAGUUCCAUGGUUUUUGUUCCGUAUAAUGACCGUCAAGUCCUUUGCAAAUACAGUGAUCAUGAUUUUAAAAGAGGAGUAUA